UAAACAGUCACGCUUUUUGGUUUUUCCCUUCGCCUUUUUCCCAACCUGCCCCAAAAGUUUCAAAUUUUAUACUUCCCCACCUCUUCUAAUGGAGACCAAGGUAUUGUCCUCCGGAGUCCCCUUCUCCACCUUGCCGGCCAGUUACGUCCGACCGGAAUCCGACCGGCCUCGUCUUUCCGAUGUCCCCACCUGCGAAGAUGUUCCCAUCAUCGACCUUGCUUCUCCCGACAGAGCCCAUCUCCUUCUUCAAAUUCGUGAGGCCUGCAAAUCUUAUGGCUUUUUCCAGGUGAUUAAUCAUGGGGUGCCUCGGGAAGUGGUGGAAAAUAUAUUACAGGUGGCGGGUGAGUUCUUCAAGCUGCCGGUGGAGGAGAAGAUGAAGCUGUACUCGGAUGAUCCAUCAAAAACAACGAGAUUGUCAACGAGUUUUAAUGUGAAGAAGGAGACGGUGCAUAACUGGAGAGACUACCUGAGGCUCCAUUGCCAUCCUCUGGACAAGUAUUUGCCUGAGUGGCCUUCUAACCCUCCCUCCUUCAAGGAAAUAGUGAGAAAAUACAGCGGGGAAGUGAGGGAGCUGGGAAUGAGGAUAGAAGAGUACAUUGGGGAGAGCCUGGGACUGCACAGACACUACAUCAAGGACGUCUGGGGAGAUCAGGGGCAGCACAUGGCCGUCAACUACUAUCCCCCUUGCCCACAGCCUGAGCUCACCUACGGCUUGCCGGCUCACACCGACCCCAACGCCCUCACCAUCCUCCUCCAGGACCUCCACGUCUCCGGCCUCCAUGUCCUCCACCACCACCGCUGGCUCGCCGUUAAUCCCCGCCCUCACGCUCUCGUCGUCAACAUCGGCGACCAGCUCCAGGCCCUCACUAAUGGGGUUUACAAGAGCGUCUGGCAUCGAGCUGUUGUGAAUGCCGACAAGCCCAGGCUCUCGGUGGCUUCGUUUCUCUGCCCUUCUGAUGAUGCCUUGAUCAGUCCCGCCGAGCAGCUCACCCAAAAUGGAUCGGAACCCGUGUACAGGGGCUUUACCUAUGCCGAAUAUUAUGGCAAGUUCUGGAGCAGGAACUUGGACCAAGAACACUGCUUGGAACUCUUCAAGAACCAGUGACUGUGUCCCCGCAUUCCCUCGGUUCCCAUCUCAAAAUAAAACUAUCAGGACCCGUCAUGCGUCUAUAUAUGUGUGGUUUAUUUUUAAUUGUAGGAGAAGGUGGAGUCAUUGACGAGGAAGAAUUCAAACAGACAGCGUGCUAGACAUCUCUGUUCUCUAUCCGAAUGCGUUGUCGGGCCAUUUUCUGUCUGCUUCGAUCCCCCCAUUUAGUUCUUACUCCUAUCAGAAGCACAACUCUAGCUAGAUGGCAUCUCUCUGUUGCUUUUUGUAUACCAUUGUUAUUUUUAUCAUUGAAUCUGGUGGUGUAUGUUAAGUGUUUUCA